GGUGUCCGGCCGCCCGGGGUGCGAGCGCAGUUGAGCAACUCGACUGAGAUGCCCUCUUCAGUUCCAUGGCUCUCCUCAUGUUCAGCUGGGCACUCUGUGCUUCAAAGGCCAUGGAUUUCCUGGGGCAUGAUCCUACCAUUUCCUGAAGUCUGGACACCUCACCUUCCUUCUGCACUGUGGGUACAAUUCCCAACGGCUCUGUGAUGAUCUCUGUUUAUCAGCAUCUGGAAAGGAAUUGAUGCUGCACCCCUGGAUUUCAUGGUUUUCUUGUGGUGCCACCUGUGGGUUCAGCUGCCAGAUGUGCCAGGUGUAUACGGGACAGAACCAUGAGGAAAGAUACUGCAAUGAGCAUCUGCUGUGCCCCCCACACAUGUUCUGGACAGGCUGGGGUCCCUGGGAACGGUGCACAGCACAGUGUGGAGGCGGCAUUCAAGCUCGCCGCAGAACCUGCGAGAAUGGUCCUGACUGUGCGGGCUGUAGUGUGGGGUGGCCGAGGAGCGCUGAGAAGCUGGAGCGGGUGUGUGGGUUGCACCUUCCCGGGUGGAGGCGGAGCCAAGAAGAAGGAGGAGCUUUGGCUGACGGGCCCCAAGUCCUGGGCUCUCAAGUGGUGCUUCUCUCACCCUACAGAAGGAAGGCAAACUUCCCACUCAUCCCAUCUUCCUGUGAUGCCUGGCUUUGAGGUGUGCAAACCUGCAGGCACCAAACCCAGGUGUGAUUUAUAAUUUCCACA